AUGUCAAGUGGAAGGAAAGGCCGAGGUCGCAAAAAGACUGAGAUGAAAAAGAUGAGCAAUGAAAGCCACUUGCAAGUGACUUUCUCAAAGCGUCGUAGUGGACUCUUUAAGAAAGCUAGUGAACUUUGCACCCUUUGUGGUGUAGAUAUUGCUCUUGUUGUAUUUUCGCCUAGUGAAAAGGUAUUUUCUUUUGGUCAUCCCGAUAUUUACACGGUCAUAGAUCGGUAUCUUUCUCACAUUUCACCUCAAAACAACGACACAAUGCAAUUUAUUGAGACUCGUCGUUGUGCCAACGUGCGCGAGCUUAACGCUCAACUAACUCAAAUCAACAACACACUGGAUGUCGAGAAGAAGCUUUGUGAUGAACUAAGUCGUAUUCACAAGGCGGUCGAGGCUCAGUUUUGGUGGGCUUGUCCAUUUGAUGGAAUGAAUAUGGCUCAACUUGAAUUAUUAAAGAAAGCUUUUGAGCAACUUAAGAUUCUUGUUGUUGAACAUGCUGACAAGGUUAUAACUCAAGGUGCUCCUAGUCAAACUCUUCCAGCUUUUGUCGGCAAUGAUUCAUCUUCUAACAUUUAUUUUCAUCAUCAUCCAAAUCCUCAACAACCUCAAAUGUUUCAACCAGAACAUUUUCAAAAUCCUAUGUUACAACCUCAUUUGUUUGAUGGAUCGAUGAUGACUCACAAUGACUUCAUCAAUAUGGUUCUAUAAUAUAUGCAAUAGAAUAAAUAAUUGUCAGAGUUUGAGGGAAUAAAUAAGAAUUAAUCUUUUAG